AUGGUUGUGAGUGAUGGAGGAUCACACUUCAUUGACAGAACAUUGAGAAACUUCCUGCGUGAGCUUGGAGCAAAGCACAACAUAGCUACCCCGUACCACCCUCAAACAAGCGGUCAAGCGGAAACCUCAAACAAGCAAAUCAAGAACAUCCUGCAGAAAACAGUCAACAAGAUGGGGAAGGGUUGGAAGAGCAAGUUACCAGAUGCCCUCUGGGCAUAUCGGACGGCCUAUAAAACCCCCAUAGGCAUGUCACCAUUCCAGAUGGUAUAUGGCAAAGCAUGCCAUCUCCCGGUUGAGCUCGAGCACCGAGCUUACUGGGCGAUCAAGAACUGGAAUAUGGACUUCAAGCUAGCUGGCUGGAACCGACAGAAACAGAUAGCUGAGCUUGAAGAAUUGCGAGAAAAAGCUUACCACAGUGCCAAGAUAUACAAGGAAAGAACAAAUAAAUGGCACGAUCACCGAAUCAAACCCAAGGAAUUUAGAAAAGGCGACCGCGUUCUACUCUUCAACUCGAAGGUACGACUUUUCGGUGCAGGAAAACUUUGGAGUAAGUGGAAAGGACCAUAA